AGUACCACAAAGUUUAUGCAAAUUUGACGUAGAAAUUUAGAAUGGAUCCUGCUAGAUCCCUGCUGCCACACAUUUUGGAUUUGCUGAGUCGCCAGCCCACGCUCAGCGCCGAUGUGGAGGAUCUGUGCCAAGCUCUGAAACCGCUUGUCACAGCCCAGCACAUUGCUCCAUUUGGUACGCUCAAGAAAGCCGUGGAAUUUGCCAUGGAUGUGGGCGUUAAGCUGGGCAUAAUCUGGCUGUCAAAGGAGCGGCAUCGCUUGCCCUUGAACCUGCGCAGAACGAAUGCUGUGGACAAGAGGCCGCUGACUCCCAUGCAGGCGCCUAAGCGCAGACCUGCACGAAAGGCAGUCAAGAAAACGGUGGGCAGCAUAGGGUUUGCUUUUGUUUGCUAA